AUGAGUUAUCAACAAUCGGACAUGUAUCACGAUCCCUCCGCGCGUUCCCCUGGCUCCCAGCGGCAUCAACAACCUCUGCACCGCCAGCCUUCUCGCCAGUUCGACGCAUAUGGCGCCAUGCCCGUCAACCUGUACGAGGACCAGAUGGCCCGCUACGAGUCCGCCCGGCUGGAGCGGUUGAACCCGUCGCUGCAGAACAAUUCUUACGCCUAUGAUCUGUCCGGCUCGCAGACCUGGAAUCCCAACGGGUUUUCGAAUGCUCAGUCCCUCGGUGGCAUUCGCUCUGCCUCCGCUAGUCUGAAGCCUUCCGCCCGCGGACGGACCGGCCUGCCCACGACCUGGCUCGAUCAGCAACCUGGCAUGCCUAAUGCCUUCUCCAACAUGGGCCCUGGCCCCAUUCAGAGCAGUGCGAUGCGACCGGAAGCAUCGGCUUCCUCGGAGGGCGAUGACGAACUGAUCCCGACCGCAAUCGUCAUCAAGAACAUCCCGUUCGCUGUCAAGAAGGAGCAGUUGGUGCAGCUCAUGACCGAGCUGAACCUGCCUCUGCCCUAUGCCUUCAACUACCACUUUGACAACGGCGUUUUCCGUGGUCUGGCUUUUGCCAACUUCACCUCGGCGGAGGAGACCGCGACGGUGAUCGAGGUGCUGAACCACUUCGAGUUGCAGGGCCGGAAGUUGCGGGUCGAAUACAAGAAGAUGCUGCCUCUGCAGGAACGGGAACGGAUUGAACGGGAGAAGCGAGAGCGUCGCGGUCAGCUAGAGGAGCAGCACCGGCCCAUGCCAUCGACUCUGCAGACCCAGAGUUCCAUGUCUUCACUCGCCUCGCACAUCCCGGCCACUUCGCCCUCUCCUGUGUCGCAGCGUGGCCAGAAAAUCGAAGGACAAGUGGAAGUGGACUUGAACGACAGCCAGACUCUUUCCUACUACUCCCAACUCCUGCUGUUCAAGGAGGACACCGCUCGCGAUUCCGUGAUCUUCCCUCCUAACCUCACCCCGUCCCAGCGACGCACGGUUCACACUCUGGCUCACAACAUGGGGUUGGCCCACGCCUCCCGCGGCAACGGCGAUCAGCGCCAGGUUCAGGUUUUCAAGGUCGCCGCUGGCACCAACGUCAGCCCACCCCUGUCUUCGAUCCCGCCCGCUGGCCAGAAUGACAGUGGUCGUCGCGGUCUCAACCGGGCCGCCACCAUCGACUUUAGCGAGGCUCGGAACGAAGGUGGCCCCGGCUCCUUCAACACCAUGCGCGGACAGAACUCCAACUUCCUCGGCGUAAUGGACUCUCCUGGCAACUAUGGCAACACGCAGAACCUGCGCGCCGCCAAGUCGUUCGCCGACUUGCGCUCCUAUACCCCGUCCCCUGUACCUUCCUCCGCCAGCUUUCCGGCCGCCCUCCAAUCCAAUGGCGCCCGUCUCCAGUACGAGAAUGCUCAAACGGGCAGUUCGAACACCCCGACUCUCACCUCCGCCCCGUCCGGCUCGUCUCUCGGCAUGCAACGCGACGAUAACCUGUUGGUCAACAGCCUGGGUGGUCUGUCUCUGGGCACGGGCAUUGGAGGUCCCAACUCCAGCCCCCGCCGAUUGCGUGGUAUGUUCUCCUGGGACCAGGACAGCCAGCCCUCGUCUGCAGGCGCGAUUGGCAGCAACCGUGGAAUGGGAGUUGGAUUUGACAAUGCCCAGCAAGAGCGCAUGCCGAUCCGACAGCCCCGUGGCCCGACCCCCGAGAAAGGCACCGGUUUCCGUCGUCAGAACGGCCACCAGGCCCGCGGCAGUGACGAACUUCGUGCCACCUCGGGCGUCGAGAUCAUCGUGGAGUAA